AUGAAAGGUCAUAGAUCGUCUAAGAUUAUUCCUCGUUCGAGGAUUAUAGAGCUCAUUUCGCAAGGUAAUGCUAUCGUGAUAUAUAAAAAAUACGUGUUAAAUCUAACAUCAUGGUUACCAAAGCAUCCUGGUGGUGAAAAAGCAGUGCACCAUAUGAUCGGUAGGGACGCUACAGAUGAAAUGAAUGCGUAUCAUAGUACAGAGGCAAUUAAUGUAUUCAAGAAUUGGAAAAUUGGAGAAAUUGACUAUUACUGGGAAAAUUUAUUACCCCCAAUUCAAGGGGCCACUUAUACAAAAGCGGUACAACAAAGUGGUUCAUUGUUAGAAGUUAAAUUAGAUGAUCUGCUUACUGAAGGAUCGGAAGCUGAAUUAAAUUCUAGUGCAAGUUCUAUUAAUUCCUUAGAAUUCGAAAACAAGGGCCUAGGUUAUCCUGGUGGAAAAGUUGAAGCAACGAUACCUCAAAAUAUGUUAGUUCUUGAAUCUAAUAAGGAAGAUUUAUUUCCUGUAAAAAGCGAUGUGAUAAUCGAUCCACAUUUGUUGAUACAAAAUUAUGACAAUAAGUUGGCUCAACAAGAUGUAUUAAAAAUGCCAGCACUUGAUUAUAAUACCCAGCAAUACUUGAGAGAUAAAUACAGCGACUUGCAUGAGAUAUUAAUUAAGAACGGGUUUUACAAAUGCAACUAUUGGUCUUAUUUCAGAGAACUCGUCAAGAUCUCGAGUCUCCUUCUUUUUUCAUUCUCGUUUUUAAAAUUGAGUUAUUACAAGAUAAGUGCAAUCCUUUUAGGAAUGGCGUGGCAGCAAAUGACUUUCAUAGCCCAUGAUGCAGGGCAUGUUUCCAUCACCCAUAACUACCAAAUUGACAAUCUUUUUGGGAUGCUUAUCUCAUGUUGGAUUGGUGGAUUGAGUUUGGGCUGGUGGAAGAGAAACCAUAAUGUUCAUCAUUUAAUUACAAAUGACCCUGUUCAUGAUCCGGAUAUUCAACAUUUGCCAUUUUUUGCGGUUAGCGUACGUCUCCUUGAGGAUGUCUAUUCAACGUAUUACGAAAAGUAUUUGCCUUUGGAUGCUGUCGCACGAUUGAUGAUUCCUAUUCAAGAAUAUUUGUACUACCCUAUUUUAUGCUUUGGGAGGUUUAAUCUUUAUAGGCUCUCUUGGAUGCAUUUAAUUGAGGGUAAAGGCCCAAGACAAGGAAAAGCUGCUUGGUUCCGAUAUUUUGAAAUUGCUGGCUUGUCAUUUUUCAUGUGGUGGUUCUUUUAUUUAAUAGUUUACAAAACUAUAGAGGGUCCUUGGGAAAAGCUUUGGUAUGUGAUGAUAAGCCAUAUUGCAACGAUGCUAGUUCAUGUUCAAAUUACGUUGUCUCAUUUUGCUAUGUCAACGUCUGAUUUGGGAGUUAGCGAAUCGUUCCCUCAAAGGCAAAUAAGAACAACUAUGGAUGUUGACUGUCCUGAGUGGCUUGAUUUCUUACAUGGUGGGUUACAGUUUCAGGCCAUCCAUCAUUUGUUCCCAAGAAUGCCUAGACAUAAUUUAAGAAGGGUUCAACCAUUUGUUAUCGAUUUCUGCAGAGAUGUGGGUUUGCAUUAUUCCAUCUAUGGAUUUGGACAGGGAAAUGAGAUUGUACUUAGUAAACUAGAAGAUAUUGCUAAACAAUGCUCAAUUAUGUUGGAGGCUACAAAAAAAUUGAAGGAACAUGACCAUUAG